GCUGUAAAUGUGAUAAGAGUGAAAGCAGAACAAGGGAAGGUGUAAUUACUUCGUGUUUUCGUUAAAACACCUUUAGAUCUUAUUGAACACGUUAAUAAGUGAAAAAUUUAUCAUUGGACGGGGGAUUACUCGGUCCUCCUCUUCGCGCUCCUCAGCAUUACUCUGCGUGUUUGUUUCUCUGCAGUUGUCUUUUUUUUAUCUCAGUUCACUUCUUGUUAGAAGAAGUCCACCCGCAGACGCUAGAAACAAGUUUUUAUUUUAUACUGCAGGCGCAAUGGCUUCAGGCAAAGCAAGCGAUGGACUCAACAAUCUUGCUUUUAAUAUGGAUGAAGAAGUCAAUGAUGAACUCAGAGGAAAGAAGGGAAAGACAUAUGGGAGCAGCUCUGUACUGGAAGAAGACAGUAAUAAACCAACCUAUUGUGUGACUGACGUUCCCCCCUGGUACCUUUGUAUUUUUUUGGGCAUUCAGCAUUACCUGACAGCAUUUGGUGGCAUCCUCUCCAUCCCUCUCAUUCUCUCUGAGGGGCUGUGUCUGCAGCAUGACAGCUUGAUCCAGAGUCGCCUCAUUAACACCAUUUUCUUUGUCUCUGGCCUCUGCACUCUGCUGCAGGUUACCUUCGGUGUCAGACUUCCCAUCCUACAGGGUGGUACAUUUGCUUUGCUGACCCCUGCCAUGGCCAUGUUGUCCAUGCCAGAGUGGACAUGCCCAGCUUGGACCCAGAAUGCCAGUCUGGUCAACACCUCCUCACCACUCUUCAUAGAAGUGUGGCAGACCCGCAUGAGAACACUGCAGGGCUCUAUCAUGGUGGCCUCUCUCCUCCAGAUCCUGGUGGGCUUCUCAGGCCUCAUCGGUUUCCUCAUGCGCUUCAUUGGUCCCUUAACCAUUGCUCCCACAGUCUCUCUCAUAGGCCUGUCACUGUACGAUUCAGCUGGAUCCAAGCUUGGCAGUCACUGGGGCAUCUCUGCUAUGACCACAGUGCUGAUCAUUCUUUUCUCCCAGUAUCUCCGCCGCAUACCAAUCCCUGUUCCUGCAUACAACAAAACCAAGAAACUUCACACUUCAAAGUUCCAUAUCUUCCAGAUAAUGCCUAUUCUGCUGGGCAUUGCGGUCUCAUGGUUUGUCUGCUACCUCCUCACCAUCUAUGAUGUCCUGCCAUCUGAUCCAGCCCAAUAUGGCCACCUGGCACGAACUGAUGUGAAGGGAAAUGUGGUGAAUGAGGCUUCCUGGUUCACAUUUCCAUAUCCUGGUCAAUGGGGCAUGCCAACUGUGAGUCUGGCAGGUGUACUUGGCAUCAUGGCUGGAAUCAUUUGCUCCAUGGCAGAGUCUGUGGGGGACUACCACGCAUGUGCCAAGCUGUCAGGGGCCCCUCCUCCCCCGAAGCAUGCCAUCAGCCGGGGCAUUGGUGUUGAAGGGCUUGGCUGUUUGUUGGCAGGGGCCUUUGGCACAGGUAAUGGCACCACCUCAUUUAGUGAGAAUGUGGCUGCCCUGGGUAUCACCAAGGUGGGCAGCCGAACGGUGCUUCUUCUGAGUGGACUUGUCAUGAUUUUGAUGGGGGUGUUGGGCAAAAUUGGAGCCAUCUUCACAACCAUCCCCAUCCCUGUGCUUGGAGGGAUGUUCCUGAUCAUGUUUGGUGUUAUAACUGCAGCAGGCAUUUCUAAUCUGCAAGUAAGCAAAGGCAUGAAGUGUGUUUUAUUCAGAAGAUUGUUUCUGACUGCUUUCAUACUAUUUAGAAUUUUGCUGACACAUCUCGUUUUACAGUCCACAGACAUGAAUUCCCCCAGGAAUAUGUUUGUUUUUGGUUUUUCCAUGUUUUCUGCACUUGUCAUUCCAAACUGGAUUAUAAAGAAUCCAGAGUUCUUCAAAACAGGUGUUAAAGAGGUAGACCAAGUGGUGCACAUUCUGUUGACCACUCAUAUGUUUGUAGGAGGGUUUCUCGGCUUCUUCCUAGAUAACACAAUUCCUGGAACCAAACGUGAGCGUGGCCUCUUAGCCUGGGACAAAGUAGACCUUGAGGACUCUUGCAACACUUUGGAAAAUGAAGACAUUUAUGAUCUCCCCUUUGGCAUAACCUCUCACCUCUCAUAUCGGUCUUGGAUUCGUUAUGUUCCUUUCUGCCCACAGAAAUGGCAUAGAACUCAGUACAAAUCUGAAGACAACAAUGUGUCACAGAGCCAUGGGAGUGAGCAAGAAUCUAAUAGAAGAGGGAUCAUUGAUGAAUAUGCUCUUUAAGGUCUAAACAUCAUAUCCUUCUCUCUGUUUAGGUCACAACUGAUGUUCCUUAUCAAACAAGAACCACAGAAAUAUUUCCAGGCCUCUUUAUACUGUCAAUCACAUUUGGAUUAUUAAUUUUGAAUAAGUAUAUUAAUCUUUUGCACCACUAAGUUGGACACCAGCAUUGAAAAAAAAAUUCUGUUAUCAUUGUGUAAUGUUUUAUUUGAGAUAUUGCUCAUGUCCAUUUGUUAA